CGUGCUAUUCACACACUCUUUCUUCUUAUAUCUGCCUCUCAUUUCUUCCUCUGUUGACAUUCUUAAACAACAACCACCAUUCCUUAUUUUUCUCUCACUCCAAACUCAUAACAUUCAAAAAUGGUUGCAAAUUGCUUUAGGCUGAACAAGAGUUCAGCACUGUGUUCAACUCAUUGGAACCACACCAAACGUAAACCAGAACACCCUUGUGCCGUUGCAAUGCUCAGAAGACCUUCAGAGAGUAUUACGGAAGAACCAAGAAAAACUAAUGCCUACAACGAUAACUUGUUUGAUCGUUUAGCAAUAAACCAUCUUUCAAAAAGCGUUCAAGAAGCCACAGGACUCAGCAACAACAAGAGUGGGUAUGAGAGCUUGGUCGAAGCAGCUACUGUGGCUAAACACAAAUUUGACCCUAUUGGGCAGCAAGAGGUUAUCAUCCAAGCUUUGGACAGAGCCUUCCCCAGGCCAAUACUUUCAUUCAUAAAGACAGUGCUACCACCAGCAUCUAAACUCUCACGGGAAUAUUUUGCCGUUUUCACCACUUUGUUCUUUGCCUGGUUAGUCGGGCCUUGCAAGGUGAGGGAAUCGAAAGUCAACGGCAGAAGUGAAAAAAAUGUAGUCUACAUCCCAAAAUGCAGGUUUUUAGAGGAGACAAGUUGUGUAGGCAUGUGUAUCAAUCUCUGCAAAAUGCCAUCUCAAACUUUUAUAAAGGACUCUCUGGGAAUGUCAGUCAACAUGGUACCCAAUUUUGAUGACAUGAGUUGUGAGAUGAUAUUUGGAGAGGAUCCUCCUGGAUCAAGUGAUGAUCCAGCACUGAAGCAACCAUGCUAUAAACUAUGCAAGGCAUAUAAAAGUCAUGGAACCGACUGCCUCAGUUAAUGCUCAAGGUGAACAUGGAUGGAACAAGAGUGUCUCCCACAUUGACAUGCCAAAGCUCAGACUCAUCAGCCAUAGUUUCUCUCAUUAAGAAAACAACCAAGUGCUCCACCGCACUUCCAACCAAUCAUUUGCAAGUAGAUUUCCAUCAUUCUUCUUUCUUCUUUCUUCUGCGUUUCCAAUAUGUAAACAAAACCACCAUAUGAUGUUUUUCUCCUUUCCCUAUGUAGUAU